UAUCGUUCCCCAAAUCCAGGUUCAUCUCAAAUUUUUUUUCGGUCAAGUUCACACCCACUUCCUCAACCUCAAGCUGCGAAUUUGCUCCUCCGCCAUCUCUUUCUCCACCGAAUUCGAGUUGCAAGGAAAUUGGUGUGAUAAGGGAAACUAGGAAAUGACUGAAGAAGGAAGAGUUCACCCAGAUUGUCGAAAUGCAUCCAACCCUUAUCAUGAAUGCAGCGAUUAUUGCUUCAAUAUAAUAGCUGCAGCAAAGAAGCAAAUGAGCAAAGCUGAAACAGGUGUAUUGCAAGCUAAUACUGUUAAUGUUCAGCCCCACUCAGUUGUGAGUUCUGACGGGGGCGAAGCUGCACCUGAUGAAAGGGAUGAUGUCGAGAGGCACAAUGAUGCAGAUGAUCAAGAUGAUGGGCAGGGUAAUAUGGGAGAAGACUCUGCAAAUCUCACCGGGAGGAAGAAAAAGUUAUUCGAAUUAAGAUUAAAAAUGAAUGAGGCAAGAAAAGCUAAUCAAAGUGCAAUGGUAGCAGAGAAGAAAAAAACGGAAGCUCCACCAGAGUCUAGGGGAAUGUCCAAGCAAAAAUGGAUCGAGGAAAGGAAGAAGAAAAUUGGGAAGUUGUUAGAUGCCAAUGGACUAGAUAUGAGUAAGGCAUAUAUGCUAGAUACACAAGAGUCGGCGGAGUCAAAGUAUAAGAAGUGGGAAAAGGAGCCAGCGCCAGCUGGUUGGGAUGUUUUUAAUCAGAAAACACUAUACAAUGCAUACAAGAAGCGGACAAAGAAUGUUGCUGUUGAUCUAGAUGAGUACAGUAAAAUGAAGGAAGCUGAUCCCGAAUUUUAUCGAGAAGCUUCAAGUCUCCAGUAUGGGAAGGCACCAAAAUUGUCAGAGGACAAGAUAGAGAGGAUGGUGAAGGAGCUCAAGGAUAGGGAUGAGAAGCGCCAGUCAUUUAGUCGGAGGAGAAAGUUCCACGAAGAGAAAGACAUCGACUCUAUUAAUGAUCGUAACGAGCACUUCAAUAAGAAGAUUGAGCGUGCUUUUGGAAAAUACACCUUGGAGAUCAAGAAUAACCUUGAGAGAGGAACUGCUUUGCCUGAUUGAGUGCACUGGUCAAGUCCAUUUGGGUGCAGCAUCAGGGGCUUAGAUUUGCUUGGAGAAAGGAGUGGCCGAGUGGCGCAGAGUGAUUAAUAUAGUUUGGCUACAAUUUACAGCAAGUUUUCUCCCGCAAUUGGUGAGUUCCAUACAAAGGGUUUCCGGAUGUCACUUCUUGUUAGCUAGAAUAGAUCAUUCGUGGGCAGAACAAUUAUUUGGUUACGUUAUUUUGAUUUUGCUUUAGCUGAAGCUAUUGCCUUGUAGGAUGCUGGUAUCACCAGUUUUCCAAGGCAUUUAGCGAAAUCCUUUAUUGAUAGCGAAUAAGUCUCACCUAUGAUGUGAUGAUUUAAGUAGUGAGAUGCAUAACUAAGGCGUCCAUAUAGUUGUUGUAGGCGUAGACUUGAGUAAUGGGCAGUUGGAGCAAAGAUUUUUGAAUCACCAAAAGCCAUUACUGUUAACAGCUGGAAUUCGCCUGAAACUAACCAUGAUCUGCUGUCAUUGUGCCACACCACUAGGCAUAUAACAGUUCUAUUUCCCUUUU